AUGUCUAAAUUCGGCGUGCUAGUGACCGGGCCAGCCGGGGCGGGCAAAACAACCUUCUGCACCAGCCUGAUCACGCACCUCCAACACACGCGCCGCUCCUCCUUCUACGUCAACCUCGACCCGGCGGCCACCUCGUUCGCCUACACCCCCGACCUGGACAUCCGGGACCUGAUCUCGCUCGAGGACGUCAUGGAAGAGCCCAUGUCGCUGGGCCCCAACGGCGGACUGAUCUACUGCUUUGAAUUCCUGCUCCAGAACCUCGACUGGCUCUCCGAGGCCAUCGACCCGCUGACGGAAGAAUAUCUGAUCAUCUUCGACCUCCCGGGACAGAUCGAACUGUACACGCACAUCCCGCUGCUGCCGGAACUGGUGCGCCAUCUGUCCCGCAUGGGCCCGCUGAACAUCAGCCUCUGCGCCGCGUACCUUCUCGAAGCUACUUUCGUGGUGGACAAGGCGAAAUUCUUCGCGGGGACCUUAUCGGCCAUGAGCGCCAUGAUCAUGCUCGAACUUCCGCACGUGAAUAUCCUCAGCAAGAUGGAUCUGGUCAAGGAUCAGGUGCCCAAACGGGAGCUCAGACGGUUUAUCGAUCCGGACGCCCAGUUGAUCGAUGACGACGAUACGGGCAGAUAUCCUCUGUUACCGUCGGCUGGGGGUGCCGCAUCGGAAUAUACAGCGCUCGACGUCGGCAACGACGCGCACCAAAUCGACAAUGUCAUGUCCGGGGGUUCCUUCAAGGCCCUGAACCGCGCGGUCGCUAAAUUGAUCGACGAUUUCAGCAUGGUCUCGUUCCUCCAGCUGGAUGUCAACGACGAGGAAAGCGUGGGCGAUGUGCUGAGCUACAUUGAUGAUGCCAUUCAAUUCCACGAGGCCCAAGAGCCGAGAGAGCAGAAGGAGCCAGAGUUGCAGGAGCCGGCGUGGGAGGACGAUUGA